GGAACAACUCUCCUUCCGCUACACAAAAUUCCACCCCCCCCAUGUCCUCAUAAUUCUCCUACAGUCCUCCGCAGAGACCCAGUUGUACAGAUCUGGACAUUGUCUUCUCCUUCGAUCCAAUCUUGCAUGACGUUUGCCAGCCUUUUCUCCGACUUCAAUUGAUCGCGGUCGGACCUUUCCGCUGAUAGAUUUUCACACCCCCCUUUUCCGCUGACACCAGCCAGAGUGACACGGGAGAGAAAACGACCCUUCACGAAAAAAGCGACAUCCCGAGACAGGUUCUUUGUCCUCUCGGUUUCGACGCAAGAGUGCUGGUAAGCAGGGUUCUAUUCCACGGCUGAGUGACUCGAGGUUCCUCACUUCACAUCUUGAUCCACCAUCGCCCGAGGAACACCACUGGCCGCCCAUACCGCCGUUGGCCACAGACAAUCACUCCAAAUCUGUGGUUUCCAGCGUCUUCACUCUCUGGCAGAGUACUUCCCUGCCGUCUGUGGCAAAAGGAAACUCUGCUGCUUCUGCAACCGCGCGACAGACAGCCAGCGACGUCUCUGGGUAUCGAUUGACGAAGUUACCAAUCCAUGAUUAUGUGCCGGACCCGGCGACAAAGUCUUCCAGUACCACACGAUUGCCACGAUAUGUACCUAUAAUCAUUCCUGAGUUUGCACAGCCGUCAUUUACUAGAGAAGAGCACUCUGCUACCUCAGAAUCCACUAUUCGGACACUGAGAACCACUAAUUCAUCGCCAACGACUCCGACCUUGAACGGCCAUCCAUGGUGCUCGAGACAUCCGGAUGAGGCUGGCCUGCUGUCUACGGCAGAAUUACGAAAUUGCGAGGAGGAAAGGGAUUCAGUCUUCACGAUCAAGCAGGCGGAAAUGAACAACAGCCAAGUGAGCCUCGUUGCUUCGGAGGCGAGCAAUGAGGGAACAAAUGGUGUGAACCAACCAAUGGACGGAGCGGGUGCAAAUAUCGGCAUAUCUUCUUCGGUUCCUCAGCACACCUCCGCUCCGACGAACUUGUCGGGGUUGGUUUGCAAUGUGCACAGGACAACAGGUGAGGAGCCCCCGGGGCUGGUUGGCGCAACGACGACAAUCCUCGGGGACAAACUGUACGUUUUUGGGGGCAGAGUACACUCCCGAACGAAACCACAGCUGUCUUCGGACCUCUAUGAGCUCGAUCUCAUCCGGCGGCACUGGGUCAGGGUUGAUGCCCUUGGAGAUGUUCCACCCCCUCGAUAUUUUCACAGCGUCUGCCCCCUCGGAGACUCGAAGUUAGUCUGCUACGGUGGAAUGUCGCCGGCGCCACACAGCAGACCUGCACCCACUCCUCAACCGGGCAAGCCAGAAGGCCAACCCGAGGUCGUGGUCAUGUCCGAUAUCCACAUCUUCGAUGUGCCCACGCGAAAAUGGACCCUGAUCCAGGCCCCUGAAAAUCCCCAAGGGCGGUACGCUCACUGCGCGGCGAUCCUGCCAUCUUCCGCCGUGUUCACUUCUGCCAAUGCUCCGCUCUCCGCCAUCCAGCACAAUCCGCCAUCUGCCGAUCCCCAUUCAGGCACGCUCGGAGUGCAAUUGGACGGAACAGGCGGUGCGGAAAUGGUUGUCGCCGGGGGCCAAGACAGCAGUAACAGUUAUAUCGAGCAGUUUAGCGUCUUCAACCUGCGCAGCCUGAGGUGGACAGGCACGACAGCGUGGGACCGCAAAUGUGGAGCAUAUAAGAGCAUGGUCGCUCCCAUGACAGGACUGUCAGCCGAGCUGAUUGGUCGAGGGGUUCCGCUGAACGAUCCACAAGUCCAGAGAGCCAGUCCGCGCCCCGGAACGUCGAUGCUGAUAUACUCCAACUAUAAUUUUCUGGAUGUCAAGCUGGAGCUGCAGGUCCGGUUGCCGGAUGGAUCAUUGAUGGAGAAGCCCGUGACCGGGUCCGUGUCUCCGCCCGGGCUGCGGUUUCCCAACGGCGGCAUCAUCGACGGUCAUUUUGUGGUCAGCGGGACGUACUUGACUUCGUCGAAACAUGAGUAUGCGCUAUGGGCGCUGGAUCUCAAGACUCUUACCUGGGCGCGGAUUGACACGAAUGGGUCGAUUUUCUCCCAAGGGAGCUGGAACCGAGGAGUGUUGUGGAAUCGAAGGAAUACAUUUGUCAUUCUGGGGAACCGGAAGCGAAGCCUGGUCGACGAUUACAACCAUCGACGGAUCAACUUCAGUCACGUUUGUAUGGUUGAGCUGGAAGCAUUCGGCCUCUACGACAACCCCCGAAAAGUGGCCCCUACUUCGGGCUACGUUUCGGUAUCUGCUCCGAACAUUCCUCCGUCGAUGCAAUCUAGUCUGCUGGGUCAAGCAGCUGGCGGGAGACCGUACAACAGCACCGCCGAACAGCUCGGACAGGCAGCGUUGAGUCUGGCAGAGCUGUCUGACAUGGAGAUUGUGGCCCUGGGCGGAGAGAAGAUUCCGUGCAACUCGUACAUUCUGUCUCGACGUUGGGGUCCGUUCUUCAAUCAGCUGCUGGCCGAGUCUGUGUCCACUCACGAGAACGUCAGUCUAUCGGACGGGGCCACACUGAGGCCGAGUAUGCGGUCGCAGGCCAGCCGCAACUCGUCGCUGACCAUCACCCCAGCUGUGGCGAACGGGCUGGCAGUGUCCGCAGUGGGAAGUGAUGGCAUUUUGGAUCCGCAAAGAUCACUGAGUCGCUCUACAACCAGAACGCUGGUUGAGCUGCCAAACACAACGAACAUACCGCCUUCAAGUCGACCGAGAUCAUUGUACCUGCCCCACAUGGCUCCCACGAUCCACCUGUUAUUGCAUUUCCUCUAUACGUCUUCACUUCCACCUGUCGGGUCACCGUUGUGCACGCCACACACGCUCUGCUCUCUGUUGCAGAUGGCCAGACCUUAUCAGGUUGACGGACUGCUUGAGGCGACAGUCGAACGCCUGCAUGAAGUGUUGGACGGGCGAAACUCUGCCGCAGUCUUUAAUGCGGCUGCUAUGGCCGCAGGAGGCGGUCGAGGCCUUCGGGGUGCUGCCGGCAGCAACCUGGUUAACAUGGGUCGACGAGAGAGUGAAGCCACCACCAUUGGGGACGGCACCUUGGGCCUGGCGAACAAGGCUGCAGGGCUCAAACUGGCGACAAACUACGAAGAACCUAGUAAGAAGAGAGGACAUGGGAAGUCGAGCUCGAUGGAUUCAGCCUCGACGGCAACUUCGGCGUCGACGUCGACUGACAUGUCCCGGACGGACACCGAGACUUCGGGACAGGACGACAACGCCGAGCAGAAUGGGCACGAGUCCCAAGAAAUAUGGACUGGCGAUCUGAGCUCAGUCAUUGGACUUCAGAAACGCGGGUUACGCGGGUUGAUGGAAGGGCGGCGGUUGAGAGAGCGGGCAAAUACUGGAGGUACAGGCGGUGAAUAGGCUUUGGACAGGAAAUGAAAAUGACCAUAAAAGCACGUGCUGUUGGCGAUUGUCUUUCAAUAGUGGCUGGCAUGUGAUGAUGAUCU